UGUGAAGAACAUUAUAUCCGUUCGGCAGCCGGUCUCUGGUUGCGCACGCCGCUAAAUUAAAUUUAUGAUUUGUUUUCAUUGUUGUUUGUAUCAUUGAUUAUUCUUAUUGCUAUUUCUAUUUACCCGAAGCACAUCACGGAAGAAAAAGACAGAAGGAAGCAAAAGUUGAACUUUGGCGCCAAGGAGUGAAAAUUAGCGCAAAAAACGGACACUAGGAGGCAUUGUUUCCUCUUCAGCAAAUUUUUAGACGAGUGUGAAUAUGAUAUUUUUCCAAUAAGUGACAAAGUGUGAUCGAGUUUUCGGAGAAGAAUACUUAUUGAAACUCCAUUUAGAAGUCUCGCCGCACGGCAAGUGGAUUUUUUCGGUGAAUUUGCAGAAAAAAAAGACACUUUCGGUGAAUGGAUUUUCCAAUGUGAUCGCGGUUCUUAUAUCAUUUACUGGUGAUUUGGAUUUUUUCGUUUUGGACAGUGGUUGAGCAAAACGGAUAGACUUUCAGGACAUUUUCGAAAUCAGUGACUGAAAAUUGUGACUCACAUUUGAGUUUCUCGAAAAGAUUUCUGAAGAGACACAUUUUGGUGAGGUGAAGUUUCUGAUAGAGGCCAAAAGGAAAAACUACUCAUCAGUGCCUGUGUUUGCUGUAUAAUCGAUACUUUUCACCAGAAAUUGCACUGACACUUCCCAAUUGCAUCCCAAGACUGACUUACACGUGAGGAAAAUGUGAACACCGGGCAGCGCUCAUCGUUUCCAGCCGUCUUUGCCGAUCCAGAAGACGGAGACUCUAGCCGAGAUCCAAGAGUAACAAUCAAUUAAGCAAGCAUGGCCAUCAAUUUCUCAGCAUCCUUCGCCGCCUGCCUGGCGGCGGGCCUCAAAGUGCCCCGUCAGAUAAUGUACUGCAUAUCCCAGGACACUGGAGCCCCUUAUGUCCUGUACAAAGACUCUCAGGAGGCGGCCGAGCGGGGAGCUCUGGCCGGCCAGUGGGCGCCUGACAUGUACGCCUCGAUGCAGCAACAGAGUCCUCAGCAGGCUCACAUUGCGUCCCAGCACACGCAAAAUGGGGCUCAGCUGGCAAAUGCAGCGGCGGCUCAGCAGAGCGCAGGACCGCAGAGUCCAUCUGGUGAGGACGCAGGAGCAGAUCAGACCCACGGAGCGCUCUCAAGUCCCGCCAGCAGUCCUUAUCCGCAGCAGCAAGCGACCCAGGAGAUGGAUGACGACGUGACGAUCUCGCAGGUGCCGAACAUGCAACACCAGCAAUCGUCCCAAGCUUCUGUGCAAGCGAGCGGUGGUCAGAAUCAGGCUCAGCAACCGUCGCCGGAGCAGAUCGAUUUGGGGAAUGACGGCCAGAGUCAGCAGACACAGUCGACGGGCUCGCAAAAUGGGCCGCCCUGCUUCGAGCCACCGCAGCCUGAACUCGGAGGUUACUAUGCGCCGCGACACCCGGUAACGCCUCAGGGCGCCAUGCUGGCCCCGCCUGGCUUCCCGCCGCUGCACUACCUCAACAAGCCCGGCCUGUUGCCUGGCAUGGGAGGCGCCGGUGGAAUGGACCAAGCGACAAAUGCCCUGGAGUCGUACGCAAUGCCAGAUCUCCUGCCCGGCGCCCAUCAGAUGCACCAGACCACCCAAGGCACGAGCAAGUCCAAGGGCAACGAUCUCCGCCUGUUCAAGUGUCUCACCUGCGGCAAGGACUUUAAGCAGAAGAGCACGCUUCUGCAGCACGAGCGCAUCCACACGGACUCGAGGCCGUACGGAUGUCCGGAGUGCGGGAAGCGCUUCCGCCAGCAGAGCCACUUGACGCAGCACCUGCGCAUCCACGCCAACGAGAAGCCCUACUCGUGUGCGUAUUGCCCGCGCAGCUUCCGACAGCGCGCCAUCCUCAACCAGCACCUUCGCAUCCAUUCGGACGUGUCGCCGCACUUGGUCUUCAAGAACGGUCCCAUGCCCACGCUGUGGCCGCAGGACAUGCCGUACCCGGGCCCGGAGGAGGGGCACACCAAGGAGGAGCAGGCGAGCGCCUUCGGCGAUGACGCCUCGCAGGGCGGAGAGUCCAGGGCGUGCUUCUCACCGGACGCUGCCAAUGGCACGCUCCAGUAUCCGUCGUACUUCAAGGACACCAAAGGUGUCAAUCACUCGGUGUUUGGCGCCAACAUCAGCUCCCUGCAGUACCUGAAGCAGGGCCAGAAGGGCAUGCUGCCCGAUGUGAUCCAACACGGACGGUCGGCGGGAAUGCCGCUGUACGUGCGCUGCCCAAUCUGCCAGAAGGAGUUCAAGCAGAAGAGCACUCUUCUGCAGCACGGCUGCAUCCACAUCGAGUCCCGGCCGUACCCAUGUCCCGAGUGCGGGAAGCGCUUCCGGCAGCAGAGCCACCUGACGCAGCACCUGCGGAUACACACCAAUGAGAAGCCCUACGGCUGCAUCUACUGCCCGCGAUUCUUCCGCCAGAGGACCAUUCUCAAUCAGCACAUUCGCAUCCACACCGGCGAGAAGCCCUACAAGUGCACGCAGUGCGGCAAGGACUUCCGGCAGAAAGCCAUCCUGGACCAGCACACGAGGACCCACCAGGUAGGCGAUCGUCCAUUCUGCUGCCCGAUGCCAAAUUGCCGUCGUCGCUUCGCCACGGAGCCCGAAGUGAAGAAGCACAUCGACAACCACAUGAAUCCGCACUCGUCGAAGUCGCGGCGCGGCCUGAGCGCCAUGGCGGCCGCGGCCGCAGCCGCGGCGGCCGAGACUAAGGCCACACCCUUCCUCACCAUGGACAAGCAGGCCAACCUCAUCCCACGCAUGACGCCAGUGGUGAAGCACGAGCUGUACUUCCCGCAGUGCUACGCGCCGCCCUUCAACCAGGCCUUCGGCGGCCAGCAGGCGCACGCCGGCUCCGUGGCCACGUCCGUGGCCGCAGUUGUGAGUGCAGCGGCCGCCAAUGCGGCCACACCCGCCGCCACGCCGAACGGUGCAGCGACACCCGUUCCGGCGGCGAACGGCGCCGCGACCGCCGUGGCCCAGUGA